AACUCCAACUUCCUUUAGUCUGCGAACGCGUAUUUGUAACAGCACGGGCUUGUUUCGAUGGGGAUUUAAAGAGCACACUUUGUAAAAAUGCGUAUUGAAAAGUGCUAUUUUUGUUCCGGCCCAAUUUAUCCCGGCCAUGGGAUGAUGUUCGUUCGCAACGAUUGUAAGAUAUUCAGAUUUUGCAAAUCAAAAUGUCACAAGAACUUUAAGAAGAAGCGCAAUCCAAGAAAGGUCAGAUGGACAAAGGCUUUCCGUAAAUCAGCAGGCAAAGAAUUAACAGUAGAUAAUUCACUCGAAUUUGAGAAACGCAGAAAUGUGCCUGUCAAAUACCAGAGGGAAUUGUGGAACAAGACAGUAAUUGCAAUGAAGAAAGUUGAAGAAAUCAAGCGGAAGCGACAAGCUAGGUUCAUUAUGAACAGGCUAAAGAAAGGAAAGCAGCUGGAGAAAGAAGAGGACAUCAUAGAAGUCAAAAAGAACAUUCAUCUUAUCAGGGCUCCACAUGCAGGAAAAGCAAAGCAGCUGGAAGACAAAAUGGUGCAGAAGUUGCAAGAAGAUGUGGAUAUGGGAGAAGAAUCUUAGCCCUGGAAGCAUUUUACACUUUUUUGGAGGAUUUCGUUAUUGUAAGGAUUGUGGUACAGAAUUUCAUAGUUGUCAUUUAUUUGUGGAACUUCUUUUUCAGAGAACCAUUAUUUACUAGAUUAGUUUGCAACAUUCCUUUUCAUUUGUUUAAAUGGAAAAGUACCCUUUCUAACGUGAUUUGGAGUGGUCUUGCAAUCUAUAUCAAUAAACACAUUUAUAUUUUAA